UUCUCCCUCAAUCUUUCCAUACCUGCCUUUUUAUUUCUCAAUUACAUGGAUCGAGCUGAUAUCAGGAUUUUAGUCGCUAAGGCGCUCAGCAUCAAUAGUAUGGUUGCUUGCAGCCAGGUGUCCAAGGCAUGGAACAGCGACUUUACACAAUAUGUAUGGUAUGGAGUUGAUCUCGAACUCCAGCCGAGAUUCAAGGACCUUGACCCCCGGAUCAUUGCAAAACAUGGACAUCAUAUCAAAGUUGUCAAAAACAUCAAAAAGCGAUCAGAACUCGAUUUAUUUAUGGACCCCAGUAUCAAGAACUUGGAUAACCUGACCGUUCGGCUCAAGAACAAGGAUGGGUUUUGUCGCCAGGUCAUUGAGCUCAUUCGACAAAACCUUUGCAGCCUCACCAAACUGAGCAUUACUGGCGAAAAACCUAAUAAACAGCGAACACCAUUUGACCUGGCAGACGCCUUGACUCCAAAGAGUACAGCCAACGAACCAUCUAAAAUUGUUGAGAUGACCAUAGAACAUCUAUCCAUGUCACGAGCAUCGUUCUCGACUGUGCUCUCACUCUGCCCUGCCCUCAAGGAGCUGGACCUUCAAGACUGCAGCAUUCUUGGCGAUGGUGAUGGGAAGGCGUUCUUCCAGCACAUGGAGCUAUCGUGGCUUCUAUCGACAUCAGCGCAGGUCUUUAAACCUGACCCUGAGUUGUCCACAGAGCCGCUGUUAGUACAUUUCCCAAAACUUCUGAGCUGGGACAUUUGGAACCCUAGCAGCCCCCAUACCAUUGAGAACGCAGAGCUCAUCAAAUCCACUAUCACGAAGUACUGCCCAGACGUUAGGAGGUAUUUUCUUAACGACAUAUCAAGCGCCAGCACUCAGACCCUCCUCACGAAGGCAAUCGAAAAGCCGACCUUGCUAUGCGUGGAAAUUGUAGCAAUCACACCAAGUGUCAUCAUGGGCAUUAUACAACACAAGGCGACUUUAGAGGAACUUCGCACAUAUGACCCGAGGGCUGGUGACUGGGACUAUUGCGUAGAUGAUGUUUUUCAAAUAGAGGACAAGACCCCAGAUAAAUGGAUGAUUCAUUUAAUAUUGUCCAAGUGUAGUGCCGUGAAAUGCAUCAAGCUGCCGUCACAUGAGAUGGACCUGGACCACGUCCAGCAUUUUCCAUGGGCCUGUAAGGACAUAAAGGAUGUUAGAGUUCGUGUGAAAGGGUUAGAUACCAAGGAGCUGAUCUUGGCCACGAUCAAGAAAUGGGGCCGCGGAUGUUAUGCAAGGCGGAGGGCAAAUGCAAGUAAUGAAGCGUCAAAAAUCGGGGGUAUUACGAAGGAAACUGAAGCCAAGCAUGAGACUGCGGCAUCUACAGUCGCAACUGUAACCGCAACUGCGGCAGACCAGAAGAGUGAGGACAAUUCUGUUGCGACCAUCCUAGCUGAAGACGAGGGCAAGACGACUACGGAGGAGACAGAGACAGAGAUAGCCAACCCAAUUGUAGACAAGAUGGCCGCACAUCUGCUGAAAUUUGAAAACUUGACCACAGUAUGGCUUGGUUAUAAGCUCUGGACCUUGCAGUAAUAAUAAAGGCUGAAUGUA